AUGGGGGGCCUGAAACAAAAAACUGCUGACUACAUUUACGUGUGGGGCAGGUUUAUGGAUACGGAGGACAGAGCUUACGAUGUUGAAAACCCUAACUGGAAUGAUUUAUGGAAAGACCCUAACAGGAACUUUUCUGAAAUGAAGAAGGGCAAGGGCGACAAGUACGACAAUAGAGGCUUCAAACAGUCCCUGAAAUUUUUAUUAGACAAAGUAAAGGAGGAGCUCCAGAAAGCUGCCGCAGCAUCAGGCGGACCCCCUGGGUCCGACGAUGACGAGGAGAUGGAUGAUGCAGUUCCUGACCCCAAGCCCAAGACACCCAAGCCCAAGACACCCAAGCCCAAGACACCCAAGCCCAAGAAGACAGCUGCCUCACCCAUGGGAUCACCACCACCUUCUUUUCCGAGUGAGUUGGCUGAAAACGAUGAGAUUCCUUUGGAGUUGCCCUACCAUCAGUUUGCGUGGACUGAUUCUAAAGAAGACAAACACAUUACCAUCAUGAUUUUGCUUCCUACUGGUACCGAACUUGAUGCACUAGAGCCUAGAAUUGAAUCUGGGGGCCGUCAAGUGACUUUGGCUCUGACUUGGAGUCAGGUUUUGCUCAGCAGCCGAGUUGCCAUGGUGAUGGGAUCCAGGGACAGGAACACUCCCUUUUACCCCAAGGGGCAUAUCAAGGUUACAAACUUUAGAGAAUCAGUGAAGGUCCUCAAACGGAAUGAUGCCAAGCGUGUUGUCAAGUCUAUCUUCCGUGUAGACACACUCUUUCCUGUGGAAGAGCAGUUCACGGAUGCUGAAGUGCCAACCAAAACCUACAUGAUUCAAUUCCCGUUGCGCGGACAUCGGAAGGAGUGGGGAAAGUGUUUGAUACUGGAGUUGCUCGGGGUCAGGAGCAAUUAUAAAUCGUCUGGGAAAAUCGAAGAGUUUGUGUACAAUUUUUCUGGGCUCAAUUUAGACGAUUGA